AGUUAUAACUUACUGUAACUGUAGUCUCAGUAACUGAGUUAUAACUUACUGUAGCUGUAGUCUCAGUAGCUGUUAUAACUUACUGUAACUGUAGUCUCAGUAACUGAGUUAUAACUUACUGUAGCUGUAGUCUCAGUAGCUGUUAUAACUUACUGUAACUGUAGUGUCAGGUUAUGCUUAAUGUCUUACAGUGCUUGUUACAGUCGCCAGCCACGAAGAAGAGGUUGCACAAAGAUGGCUUGGUGGCAGCAGGUGUUGGCAGUGGAUGCCAAGUUUAACAACCAUCGUGCCCCAGCUACGCCAGGUUUCAAGACAUUAUAUAUUCGACGACGUAGUCAGCUACUGAGGGACAGCGCUCGCGAGGAAGAUAAUGGUGGUGUACGUAACUACUUAAGAGUAAGACUAGCAUUGUUGCAGCAGCGCUAUUGUGUCACCCUAGACCAGCUCAGUCUAAAAAGUCGACCAGCGAGUCUUCGCUCUGUAUCACGGCUCACAGUCGAGGGUGAUUCUCCACGUUGUAUGAGUCGCAACAUGAGUGUGACAAUGUCACAGACAGGAAGCCAAGGCAUUGAGGGACCUCAGGGACCACCACCAGCUGGCUCUGUUGUUCCUACACAACGAGCUGAAGCUUCCAAAGCCAUCGUGGGUGGUACCUCUAUUGGGGAAAAUUAUGCUUUCUCAGGAGUGCACCACAUCUUUGAUCAACAUGCAGAUAGUGUUACAAUGGUGAAGUUUGCUCACAAUGAUCUGGGUCUGUUGGCAUGUUCUUCCCUCGAUAGUACUUUGUCUGUGUGUCAAGUAUCUGAGGGAGAGCCACGAGUACUUCACACCCUCCGUCACCAUACUGCUGGUGUUACAGGAUUUGAUUGGUCUUCUACAAAUGACCUUUUAUUAUCAUGUGGUGAAGAUGGUGCUAUCUGUCUGUGGAGUUCAUCAACGGGUCAGUGUCUUCGUACGGUUAGUGAUCAAGCUGGUGGACAAGUUCUCUCCUGCCUCUUUCAUCCUCUUAACUCCAACUGGGCUGUUCUGGGAAAUAGUCGAGGCUUGGUGCAAGUUUUGAACAUUUCCACCGGCCAUUAUCCCAAGGGAGGUACAAGCAAAGUGGCUGGUCAAGUAACAGCUUUAACGUUUGAUUCUUCAGGCAAAACACUCUGGGCUGGUGAUGACAAGGGAAUUAUUAUUUCAUUCCUGUUUGACCUUGGGAGCGGAGGUCUUAGAAAAGGAAAACGUUGUGUUGUGAGUGAAGGAGCAGCAAUCACAAGCCUCUCAGCACGCACCUGGGCCAGCCGUGAGGCACCCAAUCCAACGCUUCUUGUCAGUGCAGCUUGUAACACACUACUUUUGUACAGAGUUGUGGACAAAGAGGGAGGUUUACGCCUGAAGAGAAAUUUUAGCAUUUCUCAUGUAUACCAGCCUGUACGCUCUACAUUUUGUCCACUUAUGUCCUUCAGACAGGGAGCAUGUGUGGUGAGUGGCUGUGAGGACUGCAGUGUUUGGUUCCUGGAUGUUGAGCGAGACACACGACCACUCAUCAAUCGCCUGCAAGGUCAUGCAGCACCUGUCCUCGGUGUGACCUUCAAUUAUGAUGAGUCACUACUUGCAACUUCAGAUGCUACAGGUCUUGUUAUUGUGUGGAAGAGGCAAUAAUUAUAGUCACAUUCAAUAUACAUGGACUUUGUGGUGUUUGACUAGUUACAACAUACAUACAUAUAUAGUAAUAAUAAUGGAGGAAUCUCCAGUAUUAUUACAGGCUGUGUUAAUCAAGGUAACCUGCUGUAGUUUGUAUUCAAGUUAAAUUUAUGUUUUUAUAUAAUCUUUGCAACAUUAAAAAGUCAGUUCUUUGACCAAUUUGCAUUUAGAUAUGAAUAUUAUUAUUUGUAUAUAUAAAUUCUUGACACUGGGUUGGCAGAAGGGAUAUAUGUAUAUACAGGCUACAUCACUGUCUUGUUUUAGUUACAGUUAUAGAAAUUCUUUUAAAAUAUAAUGAUCAGUGUUUCUGCCUGUGUGAUGUAGUCCACUAUCAUAUUUUGUCAUAUUUCUUUCAAUUGUUUUAUAAUAAUUGUUGCUAUUCGAGAAGAUGGUUUACUUUACAGUAACCUCAUUCAGCCACUCAGAUUAUUAUCUUUCAUGGUAACAAAACUAGCAGUCAAAGAAAUUAACAUUUAUAUUAUUGAAUCUCAAUUGUUAUUUCUCAUAUACGUAAUUCAUUCUCUAUUUCCAUUUCAUUGUUCUACUUUUAAAUAUAUUUUAUUAUAGUUCUAUAAUGCAUAAAGUGAUCCAUAAUCUCUGACUUGUAAAAGAAUGUUAAUAUUUUUAUUAUUUUUAACUAAUAAGCUGUUUUCUUAUAAUUUUCUACUGUGAUACAUUGAGAAUGUUCUCAAGUCUUGCUUUUUAAUAGUUUUAUAAUGAUUUCAGUUGAUCCCUGUAAUGUAUUUGAGGACAUUUAUGGUGUAUUAAGCAAUUAACAAAGUAAAAAUUGCAGAUAAUUGAGAAUACAUAAAGUGUAUAAUAAAAUGUGGCAUUAACCCUCUGAGGGUCGGAACCCCUGAUCUGAAACUUGCUCUUAGGGUUGGAGAAUUUAAAAAAAAAAAAAAAAUUCUCUUAUGAAAUGAUAGAGAAACUUUUUCCAAGGGUAAUGAAACCAAAAAUACAAAAUUUGAUGGAAAACUUAUGGAAUUGUGCUCUCACCUAUAUUUACACAUCGGUGAUUUCACCCACUUUGAGCCCUAUUUUCAGCUAAAUUCCAUUGUUCCAGUCAACCAAACUCAUAUCUAUUUCUCUAGUAUUUCUUCUAUGCUAUUGAUUGAGUACAAGAACCCACCUAUUUACUUAAUUCAACUACCCAAUAAAGUGAUCAGAAAUCGGUAAUUUGGCCAAUUUUACACAAAAUUAAAAAAUUGCCAGUUUCAAAAUAGGGUCCAGAAUAAACAGUGUAGACAUUUCUGGCAGUAAAACAACAUUUCCUCUGUUCAUUGGUCACAUUUUCAGGCCUCUCCUAUAUUAUGCUUGCUUUCCAUUUUGAAUUUUUAUUCACACAAAAAAUAAAAGAUUUAUUGUUAUGCAGACUACUGCAUUAUUGCAAAAAUUGUAUAAAUAAUGUCAGCGUAUUUGUGGACACAUUAGACUGACCAGUUGGGCAUGUAUUGCACAAGUGAUGUAAUUUGUUUACUCUGGAAUGUUGGCAAAAAUCUAACAUUUCUGCUACUUUGAGCUCAAUUUGAAGCUACUUUUAGUCUGAAAACCAAUCAAAAUCAUCUCUAUUUCUGUAAUAUAUCUUCCAUUCUGUUAUAUGAGACCAUGAAUACAACAAUAAAAAUCAUGAAAAUACACCACAAAAUUGCUGUUUUAAACCAAAAACAUGGUAACAGUUUUUUCCAUUAUGCACUGCUUACUGCAGGAAUUUUUUUAUAUGGUGCACAAUUACUGCAUAAACCCAUUCUCUUAUAUAUAGGCCCAAAUAUAUGGCUCACAGCUUAUCUGAGUGAGCUGAGCUUGUGGCGUAGAACUACGGGACUGAACCAGACUUCAAAGCUGUAGUACUACAGGACCCACCCUCAGAGGGUUAAAGAGAAGAUAUGAAGAUGAGUUUGGAAGUGUACAUGUAGGCAGGAGAAUAAUCAUGUUCUUAAGAUGUACAGUUAAAUAACUUGUAAGGACUUAAUGAAGGCAUGCAGAGAUGUGGUGAUGUACUGUGUACACUGUACACCACAAAGGUGUGGUGGUGCACUGAAUAGUUAAUGUUCCCUACUGUAGUAUAUACAGAGGUGUGGUGGUGUACUGUGUAGUUUAUAUUCACUACUCGAGUAAAAGGUGUCUCCAUUCUCUUCCUUCUCACAGCAGUAAAAUUAAUAGUUCACAGUGACUUUAAUUAAUGCAUUUUAUAUGUGAUCAGAAUUUUUUGUAUGGAAAUAAAUCAUUAUCUACUCCAUUCAUUGUAUUUAAUUUAAUGUGUCAGUAAUAUGUUAAUAUGACAGCUUUACUUCCAUUUCAUCAUAAAUAAUUCUCUGUGCCAACGUUUAUCACAUUGCUUCUCUUGGCUUUCCAUGUCUGCCUUAGGUACAAGCUUCUUGGGUUGUAUACAUUAUACCCUCAUUAGUACCUCCUGAAAAAUAGACGAGGGAAAUCAGAAUAAUUUGACAAAUUAUGAAAACGUUUAAGAAAAUUAAGACUUUUUAUCACAUGUUAAAUAAUUAUCUAGUAAUGUUAUAGUAUGUGUAUUUCAGUCAGAAAUAUAUUCCAGCUUCUCAGAUAACUGCAUGUAACUGCUGCAUCCUAACCAAGGGAAUGUUAGUAAUGAUCCACAGUAAUGUUCAUAUAUACAUACAUCAAUGUUGUCAUGAAAAAAAAAGUGUGUGACAUGUAAUUUUAAUUUGUAUUAUUAGUUUUUACAAAAGGCACUUUAAAAAUUUUAAAUCUGAUGUACCAGCAAAAUUGCCCUGGAGAAUUAUCCCACUUAGAAAAUUCACACUGUGAAAAUUGACAAAAAAUGUGAAUAUCUCAAUCUCAAUCUCCAUCUCCAUGGGGUAGUUGAACAGAAUUCCUCCUCCGUAAGCCAUACGUAUCGAAAGAGGCAACUAAAAUGCUGGGAGCAAGGGGCUAGUAACCCCUUCUCCUGUAUAUAUUACUAAAUUUAAAAGGAGAAACUUUUGUUUUUCCUUUUCGGACACCCCGCCUCAGUGGGAUACAGCUGGUUUGUUGAAAAAAGAUCUCAAUCUCCACUGGUUCUUUAACACAGACAACGUGCUUGAGAGAAUUUUGUGAUGUGCGUGUAUUACUGCCUAGUCCUUUACCACCACUCAAGGGAGGUUCCUUGAUGCUGGUAAGGGGCUUUUGUCUAAGGAAUUGGAGCUGUGGUCUGGCUCCUUGAAUCAAGUCCAAAUGCCUACCAUUCUCCCAGGUGUUGCAAGAUCCCAUUAAUGCAAUUGAACAAGUUCUAUGCCAGUGAAGUAAUAGAUCUGUGCAACAGAAUAAGUGUGUUAAAGAUUAUGAGUAUGCUGCCUCACUUUGAGUGCUGCCCUACUCUAUGAGUAUGCUGUCCUACUUUAUGAGUAUGCUGCCCUGCUUUAUGAGUAUGCUGCCCUACUUUAUGAGUAUGCUGCCUUACUUUACGAGUAUGUUGCCCUACUUUAUGAGUAUGCUCUACUUUAUGAGUAUGCUGCCCUACUUUUUGAGUAUGCUGCCUUAAUUUAUGAGUAUGCUCUCAUACUUUAUGAGUAUGCUGUCCUACUUUAUGAGUGGGUAUGAACAGUGCUAACAUCUCACAACAUUUAUUAUUACUGAAGUAAAGUAAUAAAGAAUAUAGUAUUUUAAUACCAAGAGACUUUGAAGCAUUAUAUUUACUAACUGGAUUUUAUUUUUCAAUUUACACAAUAAAAUAGAAUAGUGUAAUAAGUAUAUACUCCUUGCUGUUUGACCAUGAGAACUCUGGUUCAGUGUGGGCUGUGGUUCAAUGUGGGCUGUGGUUCAGUGUGGGCUGUGGUUCAAUGUGGGCUGUGGUUCAGUGUGGGCUGUGGUUCAAUGUGGGCUCUGGUUCAGUGUGGGCUGUGGUUCAGUGUGAGCCCUGGUUCAGUAUGGGCUGUAGGUCAGUGUGAGCCCUGGUUCAGUGUGGGCUAUGGUUCAGUACGAGCCCUGGUUCAGUGUGGGCUGUGGGUCAGUGUGAGCCCUGGUUCAGUGUGGGCUGUGGGUCAGUGUGAGCCCUGGUUCAGUGUGGGCUGUAGGUCAGUGUGAGAGCUGGCUCAGUGUGGGCUGUGGUUCAGUAUGAGCCCUGGUUCAGUGUGGGCUGUGGGUCAGUGUCAGCCCUGGUUCAGUGUGGGCUGUGGUUCAGUGUGAGCUCUGGUUCAGUGUGGGCUGUGGGUCAGUGUGAGCCCUGGUUCAGUGUGGCUGGUUCAGUGUGAACCCUGGUUCAGUGUGAACCCUGGUUCAGUGUGAACCCUGGUUCAGUGUGAACCCUGGUUCAAUGUGAACCCUGGUUCAAUGAGGGCUGUGGUUCAGUGUGAACCCUGGUUCAAUGUGGGCUGUAGUUCAAUGUGUUCCUAAGUUCUUUAUGGACUCCUGUGGGCCAUGUUACAAACAGUCAUCUAUUAAGCUCCAAAACAGUGUUGUUCAUGUUAUGUAUAUAAUGGAGAGUGAAUCUUGUUAGGAUUUACCCCAUAAGGAUAUAGAUAAGUUGUCCACUUCUAUUGUAACUCCUGUUUGAUCAUACUUAUGUGCUUAAUAGGCUUUAUCUGAAAUGUUUUGGUUACUACGUCUAACAAAACUAUCUUAGCUUUGCUGCUAACUUACUAUAUGAUGCAGUAUUGUAUAAUUUAAUAUUCUUGUUUACAAAUUAACUCACAAAUUGGGGAUGAAACUAAAAGAUGUUCCAGGUGUACCAGUACACCAUGGUCAUGGUGUACUGUACCUGCAGUACUAGUACACCAUGGUCAUGGUGUACUGUACCUGCUGUACUAGUACACCAUGGUCAUGGUGUACUGUACCUGCUAUACUAGUACACCAUGGUCAUGGUGUACUGUACCUGAUGUACCAGUACACCAUGUUAUGGUGUACUGUACCUGAUGUACCAGUACACCAGGCUAUGGUGUACUGUACCUUCUGUACCAGUACACCACAUUAUGGUGUACUGUACCUGCUGUACCAGUACACCAUGUUAUGGUGUAUUGUACCUGCUAUACCAGUACACCAUGGUCAUGGUGUACUGUACCUGCUGUACUAGUACACCGUGUUAUGGUGUACUGUACCUGCUGUUAGUGAAGUUUGAUGUACAGGUAUAAUUAUGCAUGCUACUAUUAAUGUAUAAGAGAUGGCUGAUCAUUGUUCAUAGUGAGAACACUAAGUACUUGAUGUAUACUGCAAGUGCAGAGUUGAACAGGUAUUUUAAAGGGCAGAGAAUAAAGAGGUAGGCUGCAUAUAGGAAUGUAAUUAUGAUGCCAGUGGUCUUCUUAAUUUUACAAUGAUAUGAGAGUAUGAUAUAAAGAAGGGUUACUUAACCUUUUCACAAUUACAGAUGCCCAAUGGUGGCUCGUAGUGCCAGUAAUACCUGUACAUGUACUAUUGUACCGCAUCAAACUUCUAUUUUUAAUCAUUUUUAUCUCAUUUCAACAAAAAAAGAAAAAAUUCACUUAUAAAUGCAUUGAAAACAACAUACAACAGAUUUUUUCCUGUAAUACAUUUGUCAGUUGCAAAUUAUUUUAUUGUAAGGUUGAUGAAGUCACAUGUUUGGCAGUGAGCAUCCGGGAGGGCUGCAGCUCUGCAGCUUCUAUGGACGAGCUGCCACUGCAGAUGCCCAGUGGAUUGCCCAGUAUUUCCCUAUACCCUCUUUGUCACUAUUGAAAUCAUCACUAGUACUAUUAGGUCUCGGUAUGAUUUCACAAUAUGUCAUUAGCUUGGUUUUAAUUAACAUAUGGAUAGCUAGCAUCAGAAUAACUGAUAGUUUAUUAUAAUCUAACAACAAAUUUUGUAUUAAAUUGUUCAGAGAUCAAGUCCCAUACUCCUAUUAUUUGGUUUCUAUAUCCCCAAGGAGUAAUCCCUUCUCCUGUAAAUAUUACUAGUAAAUGUAAAAGGAGAAACUUUCGUUUUUCCUUUUGGGCCACCCUGGGAAAUGGCUGAUGUGUUGAAAGAAAGAAAAGAAGAUCCCCAAGGAGUGUAGAAACCCCUAGUUAAGGACCCCUGAUAUAAAUUAACUGUUGUAUCAUGAAAAACUUACUAUAUAAUUGUUCCAAGACUGUGUUGAUAUUGGUUUUUCAUCACUUUUAGUGACUUAAUUAUGUGAACUUCAAAUAGUACAGUAAAUCUUUCAUUCCAUCUAUGUUAUUUGUGUAUGUGUAUCCAUAUACUACAUCAUUGUGUUCUUCCCAUGUAGUGUUGAUGGCCAGAGUAUCUGUAUUUGUAUACAGUGGAACCUCGGUAUUCGAACUUAAUUCAUUACAGAAGGUCAUUCGAGUGCCGAUCUGUUCAAGUAUUGAAUGAAUUGUUCCCAACCAAUUUUCUUUUUGGUUGGCUGUUAUCACUAAUCUUCGUAGGCCCCAUGGUGACUUAUACAAAAAAUGCGAAACACGAAAUAGUUUACAGCGAAGUUCUGGCAGGUCAUCGCUGUUUGAGUACCAAGGUUCCACUGUACAAUGGACCCCCGGUUAACGAUAUUUUUUCACUCCAGAAGUAUGUUCAGGUGCCAGUACUGACCGAAUUUGUUCCCAUAAGGAAUAUUGUAAAGUAGAUUAGUCCAUUUCAGACCCCCAAACAUACACGCACAAAAGCACUUACAUAAAUACACUUACAUAAUUGGUCGCAUUCGGAGGUGAUCAUUAUGCAGGGGUCCACUGUAUAUUCAUAUGAUUGAUAAGGUUACAUCUGCUUCCACUGUGCAGAAUUUAAGGCCAACAUAUGACUUACUGAUAGAUUUUGUAAUUCUUGAACUUGUUAUAGCCUCUCCUCACUUGGUGACAAACUCGUUUACCAACAACUUGGACUUAAGACAGGCUCUCUGACCAGUAUGCAUACCUAAAUAAUGUAUAUUAAAGCUGAUUUCCUCUAUUCUAUUUAUUACAGUAUACAGUACACUACUGUAUAAACAUAUAAAAAUAUACCAGAAAUGUUAUAAGUGGUGCAAAAGUGACAUUAAAACAGUAUCAAAGAUGGCUGACACAACUCACUACCAUCAUAGUAUGCUCCUCACUUAUCGACAAAUUCGUUUACCAAUGUAGUCUUAGGAACGGAACUCCGUCGUUGAGUGAGGAGAGGCUGUAUUAUUUUGUGUUAGAUACCUGGUGAAUUUGUCUGUGGUCAAGAUUACCUUAUUACCCCACAUUUAUUAAAAAUUUAUCUUCCUUCAUGCACUGAAUUUGAUGAACAAUAUUUAAGAGAUGUAUCUGCCUCUUCCAUAUAUGGCAGUGUUUAGCGCUUUAUACGCUCUUCUCAUCCUUAUAACUUAUUUUCCUAUAUUUCUACUGUGAAGAUGAAGAAGAGUAUGCUUGGAUAAAUAUCCGUCCCAUUGCUAAGUACAGUACUGUACAUGAUGUGCAGUACUAUUUUUAAUUAAUGAAAUAUUUGUGAUAUUCAUUAUUUUUAAUUACUGUAUAAAGAGUAUAAAUAUUAUAAUUUUAAAAUAAAGAAAUGGCAUUU